UUUUCUUUCACCCUAACAUAUCCUACCCAUCCUCGUCUUCAUGGAUAUGGCCAUCCAGCUGCUCCAUCCAUCCCAUCCGCAAACCACGUGACCCAGUUCUCCCAUGUCCUUCAGUAGUUCAUUCAGCAUGAUGGCUGCGGAUGCUGCGGAUGCUCUCUGCUGCAUCCUGCAUCCGCGCCGACUCUCUCUACUCUUUCUGACCGUCACCCUCUCCUCUCUGCCGGCCCCGACAGCAGCGCUGCUCGGCGUCCGGCCAGAGGACACGCAGAGCGGAGAGCUGUCCGUUCAGGACGGCAUACUGAGGGCGACCGAGGGGACCCGCUUCAUGCUGCGGGUUUACUACUCCGCAUCUCCAGCUACGGAGCAUCCAAACAACCUGAACAUCAGCGGCAGACCUGACGCUGCUCCCGCCGCCCCAUGGAUCGCGUUCAUAGAGGAAACAGGAGGGGACAGCGGGGACUCAGAUAGGUGGCUCCGGUCCACAGGGAACCCAUGUGAAGAGGAGAAUGCCCGGAGCUCUGACAUCGAGCUGCUGGGCUCUUUCAAAUCCACCUCAAGUCACAACUCAGUUUUGGUGGAGCUGCUUGCCAAAGACCUGCGCAGAGGCGAGGUGAUCAAAUACUACUCCAUGUGCGCUUUUGAUGGAGUGAAAUGGGAGCAUUUCAGCACCAGAGACUUUUGGUUGGCAGUGGUGGAGAGACCUCCAGAGGCAGACGUUUGGCUCCAGGCGGGGGUCUCCGUGUUGCUGUUGGGGCUGUCGGCGCUCUGCAGCGGUCUAAACAUCAGCAUGCUGGCCCUGGACCCCGUGGAGCUCCGGGUCCUGCAGAACAGUGGCACAGAGAAGGAGCAGAAAUACGCACGGAAAAUAGAGUCUGUGCGUAAACAUGGAAACUACAUCCUUUGCACCGUGGUGCUGGGCAACGUGCUCACUAACACAUGCUUUGUGGUCUGGAUGUGCCAGAUUUUAGGGAUGACUGCUCUCUCAACUGCCUCUUGUACUUUGGGGAUAUUCUUUAUUGGCGAGAUCUUACCUCACUCCGUGGCGUCCAGGCACAGUCUCGCCAUCGCCUCCAAGACCCUCUGCGCGACCCGCCUCCUGAUGCUGGUGUUUUUCCCCAUCGCCUACCCAGUCUCCAAAAUUUUGGACAUCAUGCUACACCAAGAGAUCAGCAACUUUUACACCAGGGAGAAGCUGGUAGCCAUGCUGCGCGUCACAGACCCGUACCACGACCUGGUCAAAGAGGAGCUCAAUAUUAUCCAGGGAGCCCUGGAGCUGAGGACCAAGACCGUGGAGGACGUGCUGACACCGCUGUCCGACUGCUACAUGCUGUCGUCGGAUGCCGUGCUGGACUUCUGCACCAUGUCCGACGUGAUGCAGAGCGGCUUCACCCGAAUCCCGGUCUACGAGAACGAGAGAUCCAACAUCGUGGACAUCCUGUUUGUCAAAGACUUGGCCUUCGUGGAUCCUGACGACUGCACUCCGCUGAAGACAAUUACUCAGUUUUACAAGCAUCCCAUGCACUGCGUGUUCAAUGACACCAAGCUGGAUGUGAUGUUGGAGGAAUUUAAGAGAGGUAAGUCCCACCUGGCUGUGGUGCAGAGGGUGAACAGUGAGGGGGAGGGAGAUCCCUUCUACGAGGUGAUGGGCAUCGUCACCCUGGAGGAUGUCAUAGAGGAGAUCAUCAAGUCCGAGAUUGUGGAUGAGACAGAUCUGUAUACUGAUAAUCGGACCAAAAGGCGAGUGUCCAACCAUGAGAGGAAACAGCAGGAUUUUUCUAUAUUCAAACUGGCAGAAAAUGAGCUGAAGGUGAAGAUCUCGCCCCAGCUGUUGCUCGCAACACAUCGCUUCUUGGCUACAGAGGUUGAACCGUUCCGGCCGUGUCACCUGUCAGAGAAGAUCUUGCUGCGUCUCAUCAAACAUCCCAGUGUUGUGCAGGAACUCAAGUUCAACCCCAAGAAGAAACACACUCCUCAACACUACCUCUUCCAGAGAAACAAACCUGUCGACUACUUUGUCCUCAUUCUGCAGGGACGGGUGGAGGUAGAGAUAGGAAAGGAGGCUCUUCGCUUUGAAAAUGGAGCAUUUUCCUACUAUGGCAUGCCAGCACUCAUCCCACCCCUGCCUAUCGGUCACAGGUAUAAUUCGCGAGGCAGUGGUCUGAACCAAUCAGAUUCAUUACUGAGUGGAGGCAGCGUGGGUCAGCUCACAACAGGAGGAGGGGUCUACUUACCAGACUACUCAGUCCGACAGCUCACAGACCUGCAGAUCAUCAAGAUUUCCAGGAACCACUACCAGAAUGCUCUGACUGCCACAAGGAUGGACAGCUCCCCUCAGACACCAGACCCGGUGGACCCUGACGCUAAAGGGAGGCCUCCAGUUCCAGAGGCCCGCUCACACAGCAUCGCCCUCCCCCUCACACACACACACACUCGGCUGGGACUGGCACGCCUCGCACACCUCCAUCCCCAUGGUGGCCUUUGCAACACCUCCCAGCUCAAUGAAAGAAACCGUAUCGUUCGCAGUAAGUCUGAUGGCCAGAGGAGUCCGAAUGAUACUGUGUUCCUCCGCAUGGAUGAGAUUCCCUACAUCAACGAGGACCGACCAGAAAAUUAUGGGGAGAAUGAUGUGCCUACAGAGUCUCAGCCAUCCACCUCUCCCUUGAUCAGCUCUCUGUCUCUAUCCAGCUCUGAGGAGAACAUUGGAAAGAAGCUAUUGCGUAAAUUGAGUAACAAGAGGAGGAAAAAGUCUCGGGAAGGAGAUAAGAGUUUGGAGGAAGGUUCAGAGCAACCACCAGUGACGAGCUAGCACAGUGACACUGAGGAAGAGGGAUGACGCAGACGCCUUCUUCUUCUUUAUCAUUUGCUAGUUUUCCUCACUUAACAACCGCCCCUUCAUAGACUCCCUCAAUGAUCCGACAACUUUCACAGGAGACUGAGCCAUCCUAUCUGCUGUAGCCACCAGUAAUACUCAGGUCCCCACUGACACAGUCUGUCCCACUUCUGCCUGACUUCACACCCUUAGUGAUUGCUGAUCGUAAGAGGGACAGAUCAAGAUUGGAAAAUUGAUUGGAAAAAUCUAAAUAACAUAGUAUUGGAUUUAUCCAGCCUUACACUGGACUGUUUGGAUCUCAGCAGGUUUUCAUUACGUUUUGUAGAAUAUUGGGCCACUUCAUGUCCAUGUUACCUUUUUCUGGUAGCUUUACCCAUAAUGUUAAUAUCUAAAUCAUCUCAUUUAAGCCAUAAUGUGUCAAUCAAGUGGCAGAAUAGUCCGGAAUUUAAUAACCGGCUACCUGUUCAUUAGCUGCAAUCACUUUAUCUAAACUCUGAGAUCUGUCAAUAUGGAGGAACUCAGCAAAGUUCUUCAAUAAUAUCUGAGCCAUUUUUGACCUUUUCCAUAGUCAAAAAAAACAGUAUUAAUUAUUUAUUUGUUAUUAUGAAGCAGUUCCCACAUACUGAAAAUGCUGUUUGCACAGGGAACUGUCCUAUUGUUGCCAUAACGGUGCCACCUACUGCCAACAUAAUCCACCACAGAAGAAAAAGCCACGAGACCACAGCACAAUUUUUACACCAGAGUAAAAAAAAAGCGCAACUGUAUUUUUAAAAAAAUUCAUAAAUUAUUCUCAGCAUGAAUGACUAAUUUUACAAACUGGCCUCUAUACAGUUUAGAGGGGUGCGCACAAUUUUGAAAAUAUCUGUGCUUGAAACAACACAAUUUCUUACCUGAUUUUUAUAUGAAAGUGUCAGAAUUACCAAAUGUAAUUUAAAGAUAGCAAUAUCAAUCAUCUUAUAUAAAUGGCUUGAAUUUAUCACUAGACAACCACAUACACGCGCACCUUCAGUAAAUGCAUCUGUCCUACAGAAAUGCAUGUUUUCUACACACAGUCUGUUUUGUAUAUGUUUUCCCAUUACAACACAUUUCAGUGUUUCUAUUAAACACACACCUUCAUUUAUUGACCUUUUCUCUUGACCACCUUUUAAAAAAUCAUUAGCCUGUCACACUGAAGACACAAAAGACACACUAGUGUGGAAUUCUUCAACUUCAUAACAUCAUAUUAGCCACUUUUCUGUGCACAGUUAAUCUCUCACAAGGUCGUUAACUAAAGCUGCAUACACCAAUUAACAAUAAACUAGGGGUUUGAGGGGUUUCUUUGAGUGAAGGGGUUCAAUGGAUUUUGAGUAUUCUUGAGGGAGAGUAGUUGCUAAUUGCAUGUUUGUUUAUGCUGCUUUUACUGUAGAAUUAUCCCCUGUAGAAAGUCCUGCUGUCCAUAUGCAUGCUUAGGCAAAGGGAUGCAUGAAUAGGAUUAUGCCAAUCUGCAGUAACUUCUUCCCGCAGAAAUGCAGUGUGCGAUUUACUGAAAUCUUGUGCCACUGUCGAUCCUAUGUGAACCUCACAAAGAGAGGAGCUGAAGUAGCCACUGCAAGCGCUGAGGAGAAACGAUAGCCACGCUUUUCUGCGGGAUAACAGAGAAACACAAAACAAAACUGCAUUUUCAUAAAAGGCAGUUUUUUUAAAAUAAAUGUUUCAGCUGUUGCUAAAAUGAAUAAGGGGGGUGGGGACUUCAGGGAGAUCAGAGGUCACUGAUGUACUGAGGAGGGUGUGGUAGGCCAGAGAAUGCUGCUCACUUUUAAGCCAUUGUUCUAAAGAUUAUCUAGUACUGUAGUUAUGAAAUGAUCCUUUUUCAAAUGUGAGCGACAGCUGCAAGCUCAGUUUCGACUAAGCUGGUCUGCGUUGUGAAAUCUUGGCAGGUACACUGCUAAACAGAACAGAGAGAGAGAAAGAGAUAUGACAGGAAAGCAAUGUGACGCACACAUGACGUCAAGCCACCACCUCUCUUUUAAACGCACAUCACACACACCCACACACACCCACACACACACACACACACACACAUAGGUGAUGUUUGGGGACACUCAGUGAUGAUUCUGCCUGGUAAGGUUAUGGAAGUACAAAGGAUACUGCACUGCUAAGCUAUUCACAUUGACCCCUCUGUAUACACAGACUGCGCAAGGGGAAGUCUUUUGAUCUGACAACUGACAGGGUGAGAGGAUUUGUGUGAAUCAGAAAGGUCUCUCAGCAAAAUGCUUUCAGAGAUUUUGCAGUUGGUUUUGUGCUUAUUUAUAUUUUUGAGGAUUGAUACAGAAAUGCAAAGUUACAUUUUGUAUUUCAGAUGAUUCUAUAAGUUACCCAAAGAUAUCGAUAUCUAGAAACAGACGGUAUGUUCUACAUAAGGGAUAAUGAAAUUAAUAAUAAAUUGA